AUGUCUCGAAACUAUGCACGUAACCCACGUGGUCGGCCCCCCACCCUGGGCUCCUAUCCCAAAUUUACAAAGACAAAGGAAAAUACCAGCGACACUUACCAGCGACAGCUGAACAGCAAGAAAUCAAAGCCAAUCCAGAGAAACGCCGUCACCAAUCGGAUGAAGAACAAACGAAAAAGGGCCGACAGUACAACGGAGGAGGAGCUCUCCUCAAUUGAUGGAUCAGAUACCGCCGAUGAUGCCUCAGACGAAGACAGCGAAGAGGAUGCAGAUGAUGAAGAUGACCUGCCAGCGGUCCCGGCCCCGUCUCGUUCACACCGCUUGAAUGAGGCGGGGCGUCCAUCUAACCCUCUUCCCAUGGACAACGUCUCCAUUGCUGGCAGCAUGGACAGCAUGUUUGGUGAAUUCGAUAACUACCUGGAUGACGACGACGACCCCCGGCUCUCACCAGAGGAGAACCGGAAGCGGUUUGAAACCAAAGUUUUUGCUGACUCGGACGAGGAUAAUGACGAUGUGUAUCAGGCUGUUGACGAUAUCAGCGACUCAGAAGGCGACUAUGACAAUGACGGGCUCGAAGAGCAAGAGCUGCUGGCCAUGUUGUCCGAGGAAGACAACAGCGAGGCAGACGAUCUACUCAACCAAAUUGAUGGCUUGUCUGCAUAUGGCUUUGGUGAUGAUAGCGAUGCCAGUAUGCACCGCCUAGCUUCAUCCCAAGGUAGUGACAGCGGCAAUGAGACUAUUACAGAGCGGCGAGUACACUUCGCCGUGGAGGGUGACCGCUCCAUGUUCCUGGGCAUGUCAGAAUCUCCUACCAUUACUCGGGCUCUCUUACCUUCGGCUCUUCCGGACAGCGGCCUUUCGCCACAUGUUGACAAACGAAUGUUAGCUGAUGAGUUGGAUGAUUCUGACCUGACUGACGACUGCCUCCCUGAGCAAGCACAUCAUAGUCCCUCCAACAAAGCCGAAUCGGACAAAGAAUUGUCUCCCUCCGUCUCACCUCGGUCCAAGAAGAGUUCCAAGAAGGUUCCCCGCCGUCGAGGUCCUCCUCGUGGUAUCUUCAUCGACGAUGGUGAGAAGCCUUCUGGUAUUCUAGAUUCUUCAGGCAAAGUCAUUCUUAUGACGAACCCUCACUUGCUUGGAGAGGAGUUCGCUCGCCGCUACGGAGCGUCUCAAUGCUCCAGCCCGGACAUUGGCUUUGCCGAACUCAUUGAAGAGAGUGACGCAGGUGAACAAGGUACAGACUUGGUCGCUGGUCCAGCUGCCGACAUCAUGUUGGCAAGUCUAAACUCUACAGUGAACGAUCCGUCCAACCUUGGACUGCCCAUUGGACCACUGGAAGCGUUCUAUCCACCCAACACUAUUUUGCUUGGGGAUUAUGUUCUAGACCCAGAUGAUCUUGAAGAAAAUUUCCGCCCUGAUGACGACCUCGGUGAAGAUGUCAUCAAUUUGGAUGAUGUGAUCAAAUUUGACGAGGAGACGGACGAUGAAAGCAUGCCAACGUCACCCAUCUACAUGCCACCUAAUCAUGCGCUAGCCUCCUUUACGAAUAUGAACAAUGGACUUGCGCAUCUCAAUAACAACAAUGUAACAGCGUUCCGACGCAAUGCUGACCCAGCUUAUGCUGCAUUUAGCAAUGCGCCAUCUUUCCAUGAUAUGGAGCUUUUCAGCUCGCCGUUUUCGACACCGGCCCCUCGUCGUAAACGCAAACAUUUUUCAUCUCCCUACACCUCGUCUCAUUACAAGGGAGUGACACCAGUCCAGCGGGUGCGUGAUCCUAACCACCCACAAACCCCUGAGGCUGUCACCCCGGCCAAGAGACGUAGACUCAUGACUUGA